CAAACGGCAGCAGCGCUCAUCAGGCUGCGAACAGUGGUGGCGCGCUGCGGCCUCGAAGGUGUCGCCCCCUAGCGGUGAGCGAGCAAAACGUCGCGCACGGGCCGCGCCGGCGGCGUUGUCGUCUGCGCGCGGCAGCAACGCUCGCUCUGCGAGGUGCAGCAGCGCCGUCAAGAUGGCUGCGUCGUCUCCGACGGCGUCGUCUCGGACCUCUUGGAGCCCGUGCGGGUUGCCGCUGACAGCUGGGAUGCCGUGAGCCGGGGCCGCCUGCGGUGUUGGGGUGCCGCGAUCCGGGACGCCGGGGGCCCACCCCGGUGUUCGCGCCUGAUGCAAGCCAAAAAGCGUUACCUGCUCCUCUUUCUGGCUGCCUGUGUUUCGGCCCUGCUCGUCUUGGGCUACCGACACCUCGUACUCAGCACCCAUGGACGACGCGAGAGGUACGAGAGCGGCUCCCUGCGAUCGUACGCUGACGCUGGCGGCGACGUCGAGGACCUGUCCGUGUCGCGGCGCCGACUGCGCGAGGCUCUCCGUAGCGGCGUCGGUGGGACGGAGUCUACGGCGGCGCCGGACGCUCGUCUCUGCCGCAUGCACUCGUGUUUCGACUUCUCCAGGUGUCGCGGGCGCGACUUCAAGGUGUACGUCUAUCCCUCGGAGUCGGACGCUCCGCCGGUGUCUCCGGUCUACCAGCGGAUCCUGAGGGUGAUACGUCAGUCUAGCUACGCGACCGCGGACGCCUCGGAGGCGUGUGUGUUUGUGCCGGCCGUGGAUACGGUGGAUCGCGAUCCGCUCAGUCCGGACUACGCGCGCUCGGCGCGCCUGACCGACUCUCCGCUGUGGAACGGCGGUCAGAACCACCUCGUGUUCAACCUCUUCUCCGGCACGUGGCCCGACUACAGCGAAGAGCUCGGGCUCGACAUCGGGCUCGCGAUGCUGGCCAAGAGCAGCAUCCCGGAGUCGGCUUUCAGGCCUGGGUUUGACAUCGCGCUGCCGCUGUUUCCCAAGGCUCAUCCGGAGCGCGGCGGCAAGCCGGCCAUCCAGAGCGCGGGUCCCGUCGACAAGGGUUACCUGCUCGUGUUCAAAGGGAAGCGCUACGUUUACGGCAUCGGUUCGGACACGCGCAACGCGCUCCACCACCUGAACAACGGCCGGGACGUGCUUUUGCUCACCACCUGUCGACACGGGAAGCAGUGGAUGGAGCGUCGCGACGAGCGUUGCGAGGCUGACAACCGUCUCUACGACAGGUACGACUACGGCUCGCUGAUGGAGAACGCCACGUUCUGCCUGGUUCCCCGCGGCCGCCGGCUGGGCUCGUUCCGCUUCCUGGAGUCCCUGCAGGCCGGCUGCGUGCCCGUGCUGCUGGCCAACGGCUGGGAGCUUCCCUUCGGCGAGGCCCUGCGCUGGGAGGGCGCCGCCCUGCGCGCCGACGAGAGGCUGCUCCUGCAGGUGCCGGACACGCUGAGGUCCAUGCCCCGGCGUCGGGUGCACGCCAUGCGGCAGCGGAGCCAGCUCCUCUGGGAGACGUACUUCUCCUCGGUCGACAAGAUCGUGCUCACCGUGCUCCAGAUCCUGCGCGAACGGGUGCGCAGUUGGGAGUCCCACCACGGCGUCGUGUGGAACAGUCACCCGGGCGCCCUGCUGACGCUGCGGCAGUUCUCGGACACUCUGAGGCCGCUGCCUUUCCAUCGACACCGCAGCACGGGCGUCGUUGCCGGAGAACAGCAGCAGCAGCGACCCAGCGGAGGACGCUACACGGCCGUCGUCUACUCCGCCAUGCCGAGCACGCAGCCACUCCAGAGGCUGCUCAAGAGCCUGCUCCACUCCACAUGCCUCGACAAGGUGCUGGUCGUGUGGGGCGGAGAGUCGCCGGCCCCUGUGGUGGCCAAACUCCUUCAAGGCGCUGGCUUUUCCCCAGCCACUAGCAGAGUCCCCGUGCACGUGGUGGUCCCACCGCAGAGGUCGAUCAGCGCCCGCUUUGCACCUCAUCCCCUCAUCACCACCGAUGCAGUUCUUGCCCUGGAUGAGGACGUCAUGCUCACCGCUGAAGAGAUGGACUUUGGGUUCCGGGUGUGGCAGUCGUUUCCGGAGCGCAUAGUGGGUUACCCGGCUCGCUCGCACUACUGGGACGAUGCCAAGUCUGCCUGGGGCUACAGCUCUAAGUGGACCAACGAGUACUCCAUGGUGCUCACGGGCGCCGCCUUUUACCACAGGUACUACCACGAGAUGUACAUGUCGUGGCUGCCAGAGAGCCUGAGGCAGACGGUGGACGCCGCCCACAACUGCGAAGACAUCCUCAUGAACUUUCUCGUGAGCCAGGUGACCCGGUUGCCGCCCAUCAAGGUGACCCAGCGGAAGCAGUACCGCGACACGGGCCAGGGCUACCCGUCGGCGUGGAACGACCCCGACCAUUUCGUGCAGCGCCAGGCGUGCAUCAACGCGUUUGCCACCUACUGGGGACACAUGCCGCUGGUGCGCUCGUCGCUCCGCCUGGACCCUGUGCUGUUCCGCGACCCUGUGUCAAACCUGCGCAAACGGUACCGCCGCAUCGACCGUGUUGUCGGCGCUGGCCGCAGCUGAGAACGAAGCCGUCCCCCCCGUUUUAACGCCAAGGAUCUUUUUCAGUGCGCACCCCACAUUAUAAAGCACUGCCGCCACCGCCGUGUUUAUCAAAGAAGACUCGAGUCACAUCUCACCGUGGAGGUGGAAGAAUGACACUCAGCGUUGCGCCACUCUAGUUCAGAUUGUUUUGUUGUUGUUCCUUUCAUCAUCGGUGUCAUAAAUGUUCAUCACCAUUGGUCAUAGGAACAGUGGGGUGCUUCUAGUCCACAUUAGCCUUCUGUCAUUGAGUAACUGUGUGGGUUGCUCUGGUUUGUUAGAAAAAUCACCCAGGAGACUCAAGUUCGUGUUUUUUGCGGCACCUCCUAUCUUAUUGUCGUACUUUGCAACCGCGCCAGUGAGAAACUGGCUCUUGCUAGAUAUUCUGGCUAUCAUUGCAUCACCAGUAGCUCGCAUUUUUCAUGACACAAUUGUCUUUUUUUUUCUGAAGCAGUGCAUUUGGCAAUGCCGAGGACUUCAGACCUCCUGUCACAAACGUUUCUGGGCUUGAACACUCGCGACCCAAUAUCAAGAAUGAUUGAUCUUAAAGCUCUGCAGGUCUGUGUUAGCUGGUGCUGUCAGAGCCAUGGAAGCGAGUGCUUUUGGGGAUGCCGGUCAUUUUUGUAAAACUGCGCGGGGCCAGGUACUAGACACGUUGAUGUGCAGAGCCAGUAGCAUUUCUGACCUCGUGCAUAGAUUGGCCGAGUGACGUGAGUGCUGUUGGCCGUGUACUUCUCGUCAUGUCUGUGACUGAGCGAUGAGAUACUUCGUGAAGGUCAACGCGCACCCAAAAGUAUUCCCUCGAAAAUAGUUUGAGGUAUUCCCAGCACCUGCAUACUUGUUAUUUAGUCUUUUCACGAGUUUUCAUGCCUGGGAACUUUCACGACAAAUCGUGCACCCAGCUUCCAUUCUAUGCCACAUUUUGACGCUUUUUUUUUUCUUUUUCUCGUCUCUCCUUUACCCAGAAAUGGAAGAUGUGUGUGAAAUUGCAUCAGCAUAGCCCCGCAGCCUGAAGUGCAGUGCUGUCGUCGUUGCAUUUCUUUGCCUGCUCAGUAGCAUACUCUUUUUGAGCUAUCGUGAACAAUUUUGCUUUUUCUUAUGCGUCUUAUGCGACUGUAAAAUGCACUAUUUUCAUUUUUAUUGCUUCUGUUGUAGAUACUUGUCAAUUUGCAAUUGCGUCUUUGCAGCCUUUUUUUUCUUUUUUAAAUACUAGACUAUCCGGUUGACACAUCUGAGCAGCUUUUGCGUACAAACUUGAGUGAUGUCAAGAGUGUACAGUGCUGCAUCAGCUUUUGUGAAGGGUUUUUUUUUUCUGUUUGCUUUUCUUGUGAUAUAGGUACACUCACGUAUUUACUUAAUGUAAUUUACCAUACAGGGUUAUCCUUUGUCCCGCUUUCUCAUUGCGAAUGCAUCGGUACUUUUUCAUUUUUGUUGCGCAUUAUUUAAGCUUAGUUUGAUGGUGCACUUGUGCGUUGAUUUGUGCGUUUACGCGUGUGCUCGUAGAUUAGCCGAUGACAAUUUUACACCCUCGGUACUCGUGCGUGUGCUGGAACAACCGACUUCGAUUCAGGCGUAAAAUGUGGUUAGUACAUGUGAUCUCUUAGUACAGUACAUGCUGUCAAUGCUGCUCGAAUGGUCGUUCUCUUGUUGCGUAGAACAACGAAGCUACAUAAAAAAAAUUCACUGGCUAGCUCCGGAAAGACCACUGCAAUAAAAACUGCCGCCACCAUGCUUUCAUUCUUAUUUAAAAUUUAAAGAUGCUUUUUUUGCAAAUCACUUUACACGAUAUUGUUGCAGUUCUGAACAUCACUUUUUAUGCAUCGAUUGAGAAGCUUUUGGGACAAUGACAUCCACUUUCAUAAAAGUUUGAGCCACCCAUCUCCCCCUUUCUCCCCGUUCUCUCAUUUUCUGAUCUCACUUCUGAACCAAGUGUAACAGAUUUUGCUCCAAGUUUCAUUUGUGUGCAAUGAAAAAAAAAAAGAUGGCACACUUUAAUUUUUACAUAUUCAUUAUCGUUUUAACAUCAAUAGAAUAAAAUAUUGCUGGCUUAUAUUCAACUUGCAUGUCAGGCUUAGAGGAGUCAUUUUGAAAAAAAGGGAAUGUCUCCUUUUAAAAACGAGCCAGGCAAAAAAAUGUUUUUGUUACAGUGGUCUUUUGAAGUCUUCUUUGUUCAUUAUUUUUCACUCUAAGCAAGUACCGCGUCAAUCCAGGUCAGCUGCGGAUUAUUUUGACGUGUGUGUCGCAUGUAGCUUCACAGUGGGAAUUACUUCAUUCUGAGGGCUUUUAAUCCUGAGCAGUCAAGUGCAGGAAUAUUUAAUUGCAUCAGUGCCAGCCCAAAUGCCGUGGGCCAAUGCUUACAUAGUCCAAAAGUUCAUUUUAUUUGUGCCAACAACGAACACAGAUGCUUUGCUUGCUUGCCAUAUAUUGUAAUUCCCAUUAAGUUUGUCUUUGAAGAGAGUGUUAUUUGCUACGUAUACGUUUGUUUAUUUUGCAGCUUGCACUUUACAGCUUGUGUUCACGUAUGCCUGCGAUCAUACCGUGUGGGGAUGCGGACGCCGGUCUUACUCCUCACAAGAAUGGUUUGACCAUUUCGCACCGCCGGUUCCACAUCCUUUCUCAUUCGGCGCAAGUUCGUGUCUCUGUAGACUCAUCUACUUAAUCUUCAUCGUACCGAGGCACGCGCCUUUAAGAAGGCUUACUGUAUUACAUUUUCAUAGGUAAAAGUAGCAGCAGCCAAUCAUACUCUAGCGGUCCGUUGAAAGCUUCGCAAAUACCUCGGCCAUGCUAAUUCACAUAACGGUGCAUGGCCGUGCAUGGAAGCAAUACAAAGUCUUGUCUUUCGCUCCAUCGCUAGACGUGGCGGCUUUUGUAGCAUCCUAGGAGUCGUAGAUAAAGUGCAACGUGUGAAGCCUUUCUCCGGGCGUGGCCAGAUACUAAGGCAGUGUGUUGAUGCCAGCCCGGAAGUGGACUUUGUACUAAGCUCUAGCACUAAGCUACAUGUACACUACCCGUAAAUGCAUUUUCUCUUCGCUAGAUCUAUAACGAUUUGGAAACAUUAAAGGUAGUUGCUACACUGUUUUCUGGCCGACAAAAAAAAAAGGAGCAAUGCAAAGUAUAAAAAAUAGUCAGCAAAUAGUAGAUGUGGAGUAAAAUAUUUGUGAAUGUUCAGUGCAAAGAAAAAGUUUUGGAUUGUCGUAAUUACGGCUCCAUAAAAUACUGUCAUUUCACGUAGGUGCAUCCUACCCUGAAACGGUGCCUUAAAACAUCCCCAAGCAACCUACUUCACUUUUUCAUCUAAGGUAUGGGUAUGUAGUGCUCCCUUUCUUCGUGUUGAUGACUGGUUUCAGGCAAUCGGCAAUUUAUGUGAACACAUGGAGACUCCAUCACUUUAUGUCAAGCUUUUGGCUAGUCAUUGACUAGGAUAUCAUUGACUAGCAUCGAAGAGUUCACCGAUAAUAGCCGCACCACACAUUGUAAAAGGAAGAACCUGUACAGUUACCUAUUUGAAGCGUGGUCACUAAAGUGAAGAGGCUGGAGCUUUAGAUCGAGUGUCGGAAGGACAUCAGGAUGAAACAGCCAUUUACAUUGGAAUAUUUCUUUUUCAACAGUGCGUAUCACAGUCGGAAGUGCUUGAUGGUUCUGACGACUUUACUUCGACGUCCUUCAGGCAUGAAUACUUGACAAAUAAUGCAAUAAUUCGGGGGUAUCCGAAGAACAGCUCUGCAUCAUGUUCGCGUGAAUGUGUAUUUCUACGGCAUCCACAUGUCCAGGCUUUGCUUACUUGCCGAAUACUCUUGUUUCAUGCCGGGUAGCAGGCUGUGAACUUAAUCCUUGUCACGUCUUGUAGAGGCAUUAUCGUUCUGAGUCAUUGGCAGGCUAGUCAAAGACCGAUUUGACGAAAGUCUUGCUUAAACAUGAGCACACCAAAAGUAAAAAAUGGCGGCUACACACAUGCAUUAGUAGCAGCCUAUGUGUAUUAACUGCCGAGAUUAGCGUAAAUUAGUGCGUAAGUACGGCUUCACAGUUGUCUCACAUAGAGUGCGUCUUUACAUCAGUACUUCUUUAUAAGUACAUAUUGUCUGCAGUUGUCUUCAAAGAAGGCAACUGCAUGUACUGUCACUAUAACAAGUGACAAUAAGGUGAGAACUAAUUAUUGAGCUUUCUGGCCGUCUUUCUUUUGGCACACAAAUAAAAAAAAAAAUAUGGGAGGGGGGGGUGCAAGUUGCUCCCGUCCAUACCAGGCCAAUCUCCAUGACAAUCUGUUUGUCUGCCCACUGUAAAUGAGGAGAAAAAUGCUCUUCGAGCCACAUUGUCAAGUCACAGCAUUUUCUUUGGCAAGGAGGCUUGUCCCGCAAACCACGAUUUAUUGCUGCUUUUUCUACUGCCUUGCGAAGCAUACUCCGUUCUCACAUUUCUAACUCUGCUUGGGUGGCCAUCAAUUUCUUGAAAGGCACCCAGGAAAACAGGCAAGCGCAAUCAGCAUGCGUACCGGUGUAUCGCUGAACCCUGCACAAGCGCAGCGUCUCACAUUUUUUUUUCUAUACAUCGCUGUACCUUCCUCUCAAAAAGGAAACGUUUCCGCUUUGGAACCGUUGAUGAAAAGGUGGUCGGCUUUCGACUUCGCUCCUAUUAGCCUCGAAACCGGCACUACGGAUGGUAUUGCAAGUAUUUCCCGUUAUGUGGUGAUCAAAAUGGGCAAGUGUGCAUCAAAGAGUGCUACGUUCACUUAACCUCUUAUUCUUUCCAGUCUUCUUAAACUGGCUCGUUUCUUUUCUUCCUUCUUGGCUUUGGCAAUGACUGCUUACUCCCUUCUCUUCACGUACUGUAACUGUCUUUUGUGUUUCUACUGGACUUACACUGUUUAGAGACAAUCUAAGGAAACACCUUGGGCUUUCAGCACUUAUUGUCUCGCACAAUGCGAGGCAGGUGCCCCCUGCAAAUAUUUACAAGUACAGAUACCGAGUAGCCAUUUGUAGUCGUGGUACACACUGUAGUUUCCUCUCGGGAAAAGUCUUCGCCGCAACCCCACUUCUUUUUUUCUUUUUCCUUCCACAGUUGCUUUCGUGAGCAUUCAGAAUGUGGGCGAAAUGCCUGCGAAACGUAGUACAUCAACACGUUUUCUCGUUGCUUUGCACUUUAGCUGUGAGCAAUAACAUUGUCUCAAAAAACGUGAUUUAUGGACGAUCAAGUGCGUGCCUCAGCGACGGAGGCAUCUGAACACCGCAUGUUCUUUAGACUCUUUCUUUGCACAUUUUAAAAUUUGUAACUGUUGUUGACAAUGUUUUUUCUUGUCUCUGAAUCUUUUUUUUACCAACCCUUUAAACGUGUUGCCAUUUUAAAUGAAUGAUGUAUUCUAUUCAUAUAAGUUAUUUGAAGAGAUGACUUUGCAGUUUUGAAGAGUUGUUUUAAUAUGUUCAUUGUUGUUUUGUGAUGAACAAAGCUUAGGAAAAAUUAUUUUUUUUUCUCUCCUUCUUUCUUUCCGCCCUUUAUGCAUCAAGAGUUAACCGGGAGAACAACGGAGACAGAUUAAGGCUCGAGUAGUUGUGUGACGGCCGUGUCGCUUUCACCGAGAAAGAGUGCUUGAAUAGGAGUUACGUUGUACACUACUCUGAAAUAAUUUAUCUCCUCAGAGUUUGUAGAUUGUGUAUGAUGAAAAAAUGUAGCAGCACUAUUUGCACAUGAGUGAACAAAUGAAGUGAUGCUGCUGCUCUGAACAUGUAUAUUUCCUUUUUUUUUUUUCAAAUAAAAUAUACUGCAGCAGCGA